AUGCUCUCAGACUUUAUCUCCCUUUUCAACGGAGACCUCGACCUGAAUCCUCCCAGAAGCUUGUACUCUAAAGCGUCAGUGUAUGAACUUCUUCCCAGAGAGCUGCAGUUGUCUUCCUACACCCAUCAGAACCCAGAAGUCAUGAGUCACAAGAGCGAUGGAGAGGCCGGGCCUCUCCCUUCAGCUCCUCUAGCAUCAGAUGCCAUGUCUUCUCUGACCACGGAAGGGCCUCGCAGUGCUUUUUGUACACCUUCCAGCACAGUCAUGCAUUCCAGUUCUUCACUUAAUGACCAGAGCAACAACAACAGGAACGCUGAUCCAGAGGACACCAGAGGCAGUAGAGUGGUACCAGAGAUCACUGCAGCAGAUGAUGAGAAUGGGAAGAUCACCAGUGGUGGCAACAAUAGGGGCAGCAAUGAGCUGGGAGGAGGAAGAGGUCCAACACCCCAGGACAGCCAGCUACAUCAUCAGAUGACCCCAUCCAAGCGUCGCACAGCUCUUAAUAUUUCUCCACCUCCACAAGACCUGUUCGAUGAUAGUCACAUGUCAUGCCAGGAUGCACCAACCCUGGACUCUGAGCAAAGCAGCAGCAUCUGGAUGGAUGACUCUCUGUCCAAUUUCAGCGUCAUGAGCACUACUUCUUACAAUGACAACACGGAGGUGCCACGGAAGUCCCGCAAACGUACCCCUCGCCAGAGACCAGGUCCUAAAACUGUGCGAGCAGCGGAGAGCAGCAUGGACGUGUUUGAUGCAGACAGCGCCAAAGCUCCACACUUUGUCCUGUCACAGCUCGGCCCUGACAUCAAGACUGGAACGAAAGGAAGCUCUGAUGAACCGCAGACAACUAAUCAGAAAAGGGGAACUCUUUCGAUACAGUUCCCACAGAAGUGUGAGGGGAAGGAGCUUAAAAUUCUUGUCCAGCCCGAGACUCAGCACCGAGCUCGCUACUUAACUGAAGGUAGCAGGGGGUCGGUAAAGGACCGCACCCAGCAGGGCUUUCCUACUGUAAAGCUGGAAGGUGUGAACGAGCCAGUGGUUUUGCAGGUGUUUGUUGGCAACGAUGCCGGACGUGUGAAGCCUCAUGGAUUUUAUCAAGCUUGCAGAGUAACCGGUCGCAACACCACCGCAUGCAAGGAGGUUGAUAUCAAUGGCACAAUUGUCAUUGAGGUGCCCCUUGAUCCAAGCACCAACAUGACUCUAGCGGUUGACUGUGUUGGGAUCUUGAAACUCCGUAAUGCUGACGUAGAGGCUCGUAUUGGUGUGGCCGGGUCAAAGAAGAAGAGCACACGUGCUCGACUGGUGUUUCGAGUCAACAUUCCACGUUCAGAUGGAUCAAUGCUUACGCUACAGACUCCCUCAUCUCCAAUCUUGUGUACUCAACCUGCAGGACUGCCUGAGAUACUAAAGAAGUCGCUGCACAGUUGUUCAGUGGGGGGUGGAGAAGAAGUCUUCAUCAUUGGCAAAAACUUUCUGAAAGACACCAAAGUCAUAUUCCAAGAAAAUGCUUCUGAUGAGAAAUUGUGGAAAGCAGAGGCUGAAAUAGACAUGGAGCUGUUCCAUCAGAAUCACCUAGUAGUGAAAGUACCCCCGUAUCAGAACCAAGCUAUCACGUCUCCAGUUUGUGUGGUAAUCUAUGUGGUGACAAAUGCUGGGAGGUCACAUGAUGUUCAGCCAUUUACUUACACUCCAGAUUCAGACACUAUUGCAGUGAAAAAUGAAAUCCCUGUGAAGAAAGAGAUGCCCUCUCCGGUGAAGACUUGUUCUUUUGAUGAGCCAAUAAAAGCUUUUUUUGUUGUUCCAACUGCUGUAGAUGUUUCCUUGAUGCCUUCGAUGUUGCCUUUGGUGAAGAGAGAAGACAUCACUCCGAUGGAGGUGACAAACAACCUGCAGUCCUCUCGAGUCUUUAAGCCAACUGGUGGCCUGUGUUCAACCCAGCAAACCUCAGAUGUAACACCAGCACAUCUAAAUAAAGACCUAGUGUUCAACAGUACCCUUCCCCUGCCUGCAUGUGAUGCUGAUAAAGCCCAGGUUGCUGUUUUUGCAAACGCUGACCCUUUAAGUACCAUCCAGAAGCAGGACAUUGCUGCCAGCAGUUCCUUCUCUUUGCCUACAGAGUCUCUGCUCUCGCAAAGCUCACAACAGUUCCUCUUGGAACCCAGAGAUGGCCUCAGAAGGGAGAGGUCAAGCAGCAUGUCUGCAGGUGUGGGGAGGCUACGUGGGGAAACUGCAUCCCAAGAGCAGCAGAUGUCGCUGUUCCCUCCAGACGAAGUGACUCAGCUGGAGGAGGCGGUGAGACAACUUAAAGCUAAAGGAAUGUGUAACUUACUUCAGCCAGACAACUCUAUAACCAAACAGCAGCAGCAACACAUCCAGCACCAACAGCAGCUCCAGAAUCAGCAGAUUCAGCAACAACAGCAGCAGGUUUUGGAGAAUUUGCAGCUUUUUCAGACUCAGAUCCAGAUGCAGUGUGGCAUGUUUCAAGAUACCACCCAAGUCAAGAACUCCGAACAUCAAAGUUCUCCUCAGGGAGUGGUGACAAACCAGGGGCCACUUUUCCCACCAGAGCAACACUCGGCACAGAAUCAGCAGCAACAACAAGCAGCUCUUUUUCAGCAGGCAAGUGACCUUUGUUCCAUGCAGACCAGCUUCUUGCAGCAGACCCCCACUCAUUCUUCAUCGACCAUGUUCAAUUCAAACCCUUUGACUGAGACACAAGAUCCACAGGGGCAGGUACAGGCUGCCAUUUUCCAAAAUACCAUGACAGUGCUACCAGAGCAACAAGCCCCAACUUCUGGACUUUUCUUGCCCCCAACUUCUAUGCCAACUCCGAUUUCAGCCAGCAAUCCUCAGCAGCAACAGCAGCAGCAACAACAGCAGCAGCAGCAGCAGCUGGCCUUUCUUAAUGCUCUGCAGUCCUCUUCUUCUGAACCACAAUCAGUAUUUCAAACUGAAUGCAGUUCUACAAAUGUUAACAGUCUACAGAUGGGCGCCCAAAUACCCCCAAUCCAGCAAAUAAACCCCAUGGAGCAGCAGCAGUCCCUCCAGUCUUCAUCACAUUCACAGCAAACCCAGCAGGCAUCUCUGUUCCAGGCCAUAUCUCCACAUUCAUCUCCAAACACGCUUUCUCCAGUCCAGCAGCAGCAGCCUGGCAUGAUGUUUUGCAGGAAUGGUCUGCCCACACCACCUCAGGGCACCAACCUCCUGUUUCCCAGUCAGGGCCAAAUGCCUCCUCUGACAAACAACAGUUUAGUUUCACAGGAGCCCCAAAACAAUUCUUUACUCCUUUCCCAAACCAACAUGGUCACAGUAGAUCAGCAGAAUCGCCCUGAGCCCAUGGCCUUGGGAAGUCUGUCUGAUCCACAGCAGCAAGUCCUGUUUCAGGAGCAGCAGCCGAUGCAGUUGGGUGUGAGCCCCAACACCCAACAAGAACAGCCUGUGGGCCUCUUCAUGCCACAGUCCAAUAUGACCUCUCUUCAGGAGGAAAUGGCCUCUCAGGAGCUCUCACAGUCAGCCAUGUUUGCCCCACAGAAUGGUGUAGUGAACCUUCAGACAUCCACCUCCUCCCCCGUCCAACAGCCAGGAAGUUUGUUUCAACACGCCAUGAGUGGGAACAUCAGUCAGCCCAGCCAGCCUCAGCAAACUGGGAUCUUCCUUUUCGGGAUUCAGAAUGAAUGCGGCCAGCUGAUGACCACUGCUGGAAACACGGUAUCGGAUCAGAUAAUAGCAAUCAGCCAGUCUGGUCAGAACCAAAGAGAGAAUGAGGCACGCAUCCAGAACCUGUUCAGCCAGUCCAUGAAUCAGUCAGUGACCGUGGCGAGCAGCAUGUCCUCUCAGAACAUGGAAAAGAUCGAUGACCUACUACUGGUCAGCCUGCAGGAGACGGGCAGCAACCUGACACGUUCAUUCUAG